ACUGCGUCCAUAUUAUCAGUGCCUUUUAGACGCCCUCUUAUCUGGAUCAGUGUCCACGUCAAAAUUUUCAACACGAUGCUCUCAAGAUAUUUUAGCCACAAUCUCAUAACAACUGGAUGUAUCAAGUUGAAGAGGAAAGUGAGAAUUUUGCCAUCAGUAUUUGAGCAACAUCAAAUUAAUGGUGUUAUUAUGGGAAGGAGAACGUUCUCUUUUAUUCAUGACACUCACUACAUGGGUGGUGAAGAUUCCCAUUCUGAAGAAACUUUAUUUGAAAUGUUCAAGAAUGAAGAAACGGGUUAUCUACCCAUUGGAAAAUUCCUAGCUGCUCUCAAAGAAACAGGAUUGCGGAAAAGUGAUCCACGGUUGAAAGAAGUGAUGGACUUUUUGAAAAAAAUUCAAAGGGAGAAAAAUAACGACGGUUCCCCAUUAGAUACGCAGCGUCUAGACCUGGAGACUUUCAAACGAAUAAUUCAACCGAGUAUAGGACUGAUAACAAGAGCUUUCAAACAUGAGCUCAUCAUUCCCGAAUUUCAGGUAUUCACUGACCAUAUAGAGGAUAUUUACUGGAAAUGUAAAGAUAACAAUGACGGCACAAUCGCAAGUUAUAUACCACAACUGAAAAGGAUGAGUUCGAGCUACUGGGGUGUUUCUAUUUGUACAUGUGAUGGUCAAAGAUAUUCCAUAGGAGAUACUUCAAUUCCUUUUACUAUUCAAUCUUGUAGUAAACCUCUGACUUACGGUCUGGCGUUAGAUCUUCUUGGGGAUAAAGUUGUUCAUAAAUAUGUGGGACAGGAACCUAGUGGAAGGAACUUCAAUGAGUUAAUUCUCGAUUAUAAUAAAAAACCGCAUAACCCAAUGAUCAAUGCAGGAGCUAUACUCAUUUGUGCGCUACUGAAAACAACAGUUAACCCAGAAAUGACACUGGCGGAAAAAUUCGACUUUACCAUGAAUUACUUCGAGAGACUGGCGGGAAGGGAAGACAUCGGAUUUAAUAACGCCGUGUUCCUUUCCGAAAGGGAAGCAGCAGAUCGAAACUACGCCUUAGGAUUUUAUAUGCGAGAACACAAGUGCUUUCCUGAAAACUCGAAUUUUAAGGAAUGCAUGGAUUUUUAUUUUCAGUGUUGCUCCCUGGAAACUAAUUGUGACCAAGUUUCUGUCAUCGGUGCAACCCUAGCAAAUGGGGGAAUAUGUCCUUUAACUGAAGAGAAAGUAUUGAAACCUGAGAGUGUGAGAGAUGUUUUAUCCUUAAUGCAUAGCUGUGGAAUGUAUGACUACUCUGGUCAGUUUGCUUUCAAGGUUGGAUUGCCGGCAAAAUCAGGAGUUAGCGGUUGUCUUCUAGUAGUUAUUCCGAAUGUUUUGGGAAUUUGUUUAUGGUCUCCACCUCUUGAUGCGCUUGGAAAUAGCUGCCGAGGAGUUCAGUUCUGUGAGGAAUUGGUUAGCAGGUUCAAUUUUCAUCGAUUCGAUAAUCUGAAACACGCUUCGAAUAAAUCAGAUCCAAGAAAGCACAGGUUUGAAACAGCCGGAUUGAGAAUAGUUGAUCUAUUGUUCUCUUCUGCUUCGGGAGAUUUGGCUUCCUUAAGAAGGCAUAAACUCUCUGGAAUGGACAUGACCCUUGCAGACUAUGAUGGACGAACAGCCCUUCAUUUAGCCGCUGCUGAAGGACAUAUCAAUUGUGUGGAAUUCCUUCUUAAUUUAUGUCACGUUCCCGUUCAAGUAAGAGAUAGAUGGGGUAAAACGCCACUAGACGAGGCGGUUUUUUUUGGUCAUAAAACAGUAGUUCAAAUGUUGAAGGAUUACAACUCUGAAAUAAGUGUCACCAAAUCAGAUAGUUAAUAAAUGUUGAAAUCAUUCCGGAAGUCAUUGACAAUAACUGUAGUAAUUGAAUAAGACGUUUACGUUCACGAUCAUGAGGUCUUAUUAUAGAUGAUUGAUUGUUAUGUCAAUUUGCGGCUGUGAUGAUGUUAUAAUUGUAUAUAGAUCAUGCUGACAUUCAAAGUUUUGUAUCUCCAUAUCAUUUUUGUUCGUUUGCUGGUUUUUGAGUCCUAAAUGAUGGUUAUUUCCACAGACAAAUAUCACCAUCAACUGAGAUCUUUAACGUGUCUAUGAUAAUUUUGAAAGAUUAAAAAUAAGCGUCGUGAUGACAAUUAUUGAAUUCUGAAAAGUGCCCGCAGGAGAUAUAUUUUUCAGAAUAAUAUGUAAUUGUCUGCACGCCGCUAAUUUUUAAUCAUUUGAAUGCAAUACUUUCUGGGUUCAAAUUCGAAAUAAGUUGAUGUAAUAGAAAGUUGAGUUUUGGGAAGUUAUCUGAAAUGCAAUAUGCAAUAUGAUCUUGAAAAUGUUCGAUGAAUAGUUUUUUCAUUUAAUUGAGUAUACCUACGAUAUAAGGCUUGUUAACUUUCGUGUUGUUCGAAAAUAUACCAUACCAUAAUAACCCAUUUGUUUGUCAUCAACUGUUAACAGUUCAUAAAAAAAUACCCUGUAAUAUUGAAUUAAUAUGUGGUCGCGAUACUUGAUGAAAAUCCAUAAUUGUACUAAAAAACUGAAUUAUAUAUGCUUUCUACUAACAUCUGUUAUUUAACCACUCCUAACAAUUUUAUAUUCGUUCUUAUUCAGCCACCCGAAGAAAUAACCCGUGUACUGGUUAAAUACUUCUUGUUAGUGAAAAUUCAUGUAAUUCAGUUUUUUAGUUUAAAUGCCUUCUAGGUAUAAUAAAACAGAUAUUUCGUUUUUAUUCACAUAUCCAUACGAAUUGGAUGUAAAAUCGGGAUAGGUAUAUACAGGAAUAUGAAAUAAAAGUCGUGCUUAUAAA